UGCAUAGACAUUCCUUGGUCACACUGGUCGAAUAAGAGGAAGAAAUCGUUUACAAAUUUGGAAUUUAAGCUUGCGCGCUUUUUAACAAAUUUAAAGAACUUGCGAAAUUCACAAAAUGUCCCAGGAGGUGGCAGACGCAGCUGCUCCGCCGGCUCCCAGCAGCUCGAAGCUGACCAAUGCGCAGAAGGCGCGAAUCGAAAGGAAUCAGGCCAAGGCACAAAGGUUGAGGGAAGCCAAGCUGGUGGCGCAUCCCUACAAGGAGCUGGCCAGCAACCAAAACAAUGGCGCCCAUCCGGAAGCUAUGCUGGGCAAGGGACAGAACGCCGUGAUAAAGGUGCAGGGCACCAAGUACAUCGACAGCGGCGGUGGCUUUCUGCUGGAGCAGCCUGUCCUGCCGGGUGCAUCAGCAUCGGGGGAGAAGCUGCCCCCCGGGAACGGUGGAAACAUUAUCGUAGACGACGCCAUUGCCAUACCGGUGCAGUACGAGGAGUGUGCCGAGUGUGGUGACCAGUUCGCCGAGUCCUACUUGUUCAGCAACUUCGGGCAUUCCGUGUGCGACAAGUGUCGGGACAACGAGGAGCGCCACGCCCUCAUCACCCGCACGGAGGCCAAGGCGGAGUACUUGCUGAAGGACUGUGACUUCGACAAGCGCGAGCCGCCGCUGCGCUACAUCAGCCGCAAGAAUCCGCACAACGUGCGCUGGGGCGAGAUGAAGCUGUACCUGCACCUGCAGGUCCUCAAGCGGGCCCUCGAGGUGUGGGGCAGCGAGGAGGAGCUGCUGCGCCAGCACGAGGGCCGGGAGGAGAAGCGCGAGGUGGGCAAGGCCCGGAAGUACAACAAGCAGAUGAAGCAGCUGCGCAUGGAGGUGCGCAGCAGCGUGUACACCAAAAAGACGCAUGCCAUCCACGAGCACGAAUUUGGCCCGGACACCUACAACGAGGAGGAGGACACUUACACGCACACCUGCCUCACCUGUCCUUACAGCGAGACGUAUGAGAAGAUGUAGGGGAAGGGCCUGGCAUCAUUGGAGUUCCUGGCAUCUUUGGAGUUCCUGGCAUCAUUGCAUAUUCUCCCAUUCAAGGUUUUUCUUUACUUUUUUUUUUGUGUUUGAAAAUAUUUAAUCGGAAAUUAAUAGUUAUUUAAUAAGUGCACCGUUUUCUAAUAGAAUUUCGGGUAAAGUGAAUGAAUGAAUUAUACACAAGGAUUGAACAGAAA